AUCUCUCAUACCCGUGAAAAAAGAUUCGUCGUUUGGUUGAUCUUCCACAUAAACCUCAUAUUGUUCAAAGCCGUCGCCCUGAAGUGGGCAAAGGGGGAAUUAGUUCUCUCACUCAUGGAUAUGAGAAAUCUGACUGCCUGAACUUUUUCACCGGUGGUCAUGAUGGGUUUGUUUAUUUGUGGACCAUCAAAGAUGGCCACUUAAAUGAUACUACCUCGAAAAAACUGAAGGUGUUCCAUGAUUCGAGCGUCACUGCACUGUCUUAUCGCCAUCAUGAUAAAGCCCUCGUGUCAUGCGCAGGCAGAAAGCUCUGGAAUACGGAUCUUCGACGGUCAUGGUCAUCGGAACCGGUCCGACUCUCCAAUGAGGUCAACCAACUCCACGUACAUCCUCAGGAACCAAAUCUUACAGUUAUGGAAAUAAAACACCUGGACUCUCAGAUCCAAAUAUUCGAUCGUAGAAAGGGCGGUUAUGAUAGAACUCCAUGCUUGGCGUUCGGAUACCGCUCAUCGAGUACGAAAUUCGAGACCAGCUAUUCAAAAGGCUGCACUCGGUAUAACUUCUUCCUGAGAGGGUUUCGAGAUGGAUCGGUCAUUUUAUGGGAUUAUCGGAAGGCAAAGGACGUGGUCAUUAAACAGCAGUAUCAACAAGCCGAACCUGUGGUGCACACAGCUUUCUCGAACUCGGAUCUGGUAGCCUUUGGUGAUGGAUUCGUUACGUUCAGCCAACUGGAUUCAUCUUGAUGACAUGCUACGGCGAGGUACUGGCACGAUGCUCACUAUUAGCUAUUUUACGGAUCAUGUUAUGCACAGUGGAAAUGUUGUCUUUGCUUAUUAGAUCAUUUUGUUUUGUUGGAUAUACUAGGUUAAUUUCCAUCAGUAGAUCCACAUGUUGUCCACCGAGCGUUUGUCAGGAUGGUGUAUGGACGAUUUGCGCAGAAAGCGGAUCAGAUCGAGUACCCAAACUAUUUCCAGGUGCUUCUAACAUCCAGGUGGCUUCGUAGAACCGAGCGUGACAUCUCUUGGUUAUCUGCCCAUAUGCACGAGGCCCAUCAAAGGGAAAACUUAUAACGUGAACAUGUGCUUGGCCCAUGCAGAGAUGGUCUCAUCCUAUCACGAUAACUAACCACAUUUAGCUUGGGCGUCGAGGGAUGGCGCGAAGCAAGGGGUAAGCAAAGACUUUGAGCGAGGAAACGGCAUGUCGUUUGGGCUGAAUUCAUUUGCGAAGUUCAUUGUAUUCAUAAAGCCGCGAAAUUCCAAAAGACUUGAACACAUCCUGAUGAGAACUAGCAUUACUUCAACACCAUGCAUUGAACUUGUGACUCGGACCUGGAUCAUAUCCAGCCCUAUCGCCGGAUUAGGCGAACAUUAAUCCG